CCAGUACUGGAGUAAUUACGCGUCUGCUCGGCUGCUGGGUGUUUUGUGUCAUGGUGAGCUGGAUCUUGUCCGCCGGGGUUCGCCGGGUGUCUUCUGUGCUCCGCCGGUUCUCCUCGGUGGUUUCCGCGGGCUCGGCUCGCUCCGGCUCCGGCUGUCAGGAGCGGCUCUGCCCGCCUCUGCUCUCCGGGGAUGUGGAUCGGUUCGGAGGCGUGACGGUGCGAGACUUUCCGCCGGACAUCAGCGAGGACGAGUUCAGCGAGCUGCUGCGGGUGUCUCUCAGUCGGUGGCGGUCAGAUGGACGGGUCGCUGCAUGGCUGCAUGUUCCCAUCGCUCUCAGCAGACUCUCUGCGGCCGCGGCGCAUCUCGGCUUCAGCUUCCAUCACGCUCGGAGAGACGAGGCCGUUCUCAGUCUGUGGCUCGGGCCGGGAGAAGACAGACUGCCUGCGUUCGCCACACAUCAAGUAGGAGUCGCUGGUGCUGUUGUGGACGAAUCCAACGGCAAAGUCCUUGUUGUUCAGGACAGAAACAAGACUACGAAUGCUUGGAAGUUUCCCGGUGGUCUGUCAGAUCUUGGAGAAAACAUCGGCGAGACGGCCGUCCGGGAGGUUUUUGAAGAAACCGGCGUCCGAUCGCAGUUCUGUUCGCUGCUCAGUGUCCGUCAGCAGCACAAUCAUCCGGGAGCGUUCGGGAUGUCCGACAUGUACCUGAUCUGCAGACUCAGCCCGCUCUCCUUCCGCAUCGACUUCUGCACUCAAGAGUGUCUGCGCUGCGAAUGGCUGGAUCUGACUGAACUGGCCAAGACCAGCGAGACCACGCCGAUCACCAGCCGCGUCGCCAGACUGCUGCUGUACGGACUGGAAAACGGCUUCCAGAACAUCGACCUGACGAUGGAGCAGAUGCCGGCCGUUUACUCCGGCCGUUUCUAUCAGCUCUACCACAGACGACUGCCAGAGACACCAUAGAGCAACUCUGCACAAAACCAUUUGCUUUGUUUUCAGUACAGUACCUUCUUUAAUCAAGAGACAUUUACUGGAGAAGCACAAUGACUUCAGACUCGAGGCCUGGUUUCACAGACAGGGCUUAGACUAAGCCACAGUUCAAUUCAGACAUGUAAGUUGUUUUUAUAAGUGUGCCUUAGAAAAAAUAUUACUGAUGUCCAUCUUGAGACAAAUCAAAGACACUGAUAUUUUAAGAUCAGUCAGUUCAAGUCUCUUUCAGCUGAAACAGCUCAGACUUACAUUUUAGUCUGGGACUAUAGGCUUAAGACUUGUCUGUGAAACUGGGGGCUAGUCUUGUUUUAUGAGAAA